AAAAAGGCAAAAGGAAGCACCGUCAUCGAUGGGUGCGACAUGGCGAGUAUGUCCCGCGAGCAGUUGGAGCAGUUCGCCCUCAAGCUGCGCAACGAGAUGGAGCGCGAGCGAGAGGAGCGCAACUUCUUCCAGCUCGAGCGGGACAAACUGCGCACGUACUGGGAGAUCACUCGGAAGCAGCUGGAGGAGGCGAAAGCGGUGAUCCGCGGGAAGGAGCGCGACGUGGAGGUGGCCCAGGAGCUGGCGGAUCAGGACACGAAGAAUGUGAUGCAGGAAAUGAAGCAUCUGCAGUACGAACACCAGUCCCACAUCGGGGAGCUGCGCGCGGAGAUGAUGACGCAGCUCAAAAUGGCGCAGGAGGACCACACGCUGCAGGAACGCGAACUGCUCAACGACAAGCGUGACCUGAAGCGACUGUUGCGCGAAAAGGAAGAGAACGCCGAGCUGGAGAUACAGCAGCUGAAACUGAAGCACAGUGAACUGCUCAGCGUGGAGCGGGCCAAGUUCCAGGAGGAGAUCGAAGCGAUGACGAAGCUCUUCGAGCAGCGGCUCGCCAGUUACAAGGAGGAGGCCGAGGUGCGCCACGAAAUGGAACUUUCCGAAGUGGAGGAGCGCAAGAAUGGCCAGAUCGCGGAGCUGAUCAACACGAACGAGCAGGCGUACCGCGAGAUGAAGAGCUACUACAACGCGAUCACGCAAAACAACCUGGCACUGAUCAACAGCAUGAAGGAGGAGAUGGAAGAGAUGCGGCUCCAGUCGGACAAGGACCUGAAAAGCUUCACCGAGGUGAUGGCGGAGAACAAGCGCCUGACGGAGCCACUCAAGAGCGCGCAGGGCGAACUGGUGGAGCUGCGCAAAAAGCUGCAGUACUACGACCGCGAUAAGGCCACCCUGAACCGGGUCAAAGCCCGGCUCAACAGCACCCAGAAGCAACUGUCCAGCCUGAAGCUCGAGCAGGACGUACUUCAGAUGCGCUGCGAGAAGCUAAUCGAUGAGCGGGACCAGUUGAAGCGGCUCUUCGAAAAGUCGAUGCUGGAGUUGCAGCAAAAGUCGGGCCUGAAGAAUUCGCUACUGGAGCGAAAGCUGGAGUACAUCGAGAAGCAGACGGAGCAGCGGGAAGCCAUCCUGGGCGAGGUCUUAUCACUGGCCGGUAUCGAGCCCCAGUCGCUGAGCGUCCGCAUCGAGAAGCUGCUGGUGCAAAAGAACGACAAGAUUCAGGCGCUCCGGUACGAUCUGGCCCGCGUCUGCAAGAUGUACGACGAUCUACUGUCGCUGAUCGAGGGCAAGCUGGUGAAGUACGGCAUCACGCUGAAGGACCUGGAACUGACGAGCUUGCGGCAGGAGAAAUGA